AUGAAUGGAUUCGGUUCAAUCCGAGUAUCAGGUGAAUUCCCACUUCAGUUUUCCUCAAGAUGUAUCUCGUUGGAAAUCGAAAGUUUAAAGCUUGAGUUUCUUCUGUCGUGUGAGUGGGCGAGGGCGGGGCUGGAGAGGGAGCUACGUGUGUUUUACGCCUGUGUGGAGUGGCCAGACUCUUCUGACACUGAACUGUACAUACGAUGUACUGAUCCCAGCAGAGACAUAUUAAACUGGAAAAGAGACGUAGAAGGAUGUUUUGAACACUUUAUUAAUAACAUUUCUGUUAGUUCAGUAACUCUUGUGUCUCAUGAUUAUUCCCACAUCUCAGAACGACUGGAAAGUUUACAAAGGAUUCGCAUCAAAUAUGAUCAAGACUCUAGAAGGGUCUAUGUUGUCGGCGAACGUGAGUUUGUCGAAAGAGCAAUCAUGGAAAUCGAAAAAUUCUUACGUGCCGACUUAUCUCAAGAAAUGCAGAAAAAUAUCAAGUUAUCAUGUUCCGAAGCUUUUCUUCUGAUGAAUUCUGACAUCGAGAAAGAAAUUACAAAACAAGUGAGAAAUAUAAAAAUAACAUUAAAUUUGGCAGGAAAUGAAAUUCGUUUGUUCGGAAAUGAAGAGGCUUUGCAUUCCGCCUGUACGAUUAUCUCGAACGAACGCUAUGGCAUCAAAGAGAGACUUGUUUGUAGCUUGUCCCCUGAACAACGAUAUCUGACUGGACUCCCAAGCACCAAAAGGAUUCUUUGUCAAAAGAUUAAGGCUUCAAAUGCCCAGUGUUAUAUUGACACUUCAACAGCUGAUACAGUCAAGUUAUUUGCAUUCACAGAAACUGAUUUGAAUAAAUCUGAGAAUCUUCUUGAAACAACAAUAAUUGUUAAGGACAUUGAUAUCCAAGGUGAUUUUGAGGGCUCAAUAAGUCCAAAGGAGUAUGGUUCUAUGUUUAGACAAACAGAGAGCAGGUUUGAUGGUUUGGUGAAAAUUGAAUACGUCCCAGAGAAGUUCGCAGUUAGGAUUGUAUGUGUCGUGGAUCACAUUGAAACUGUUAGGAAGGAGGUUGAAAUAAUUCUCUCCAGGAGCCAAAUGUUUGAAGUGGUGGAUCUAUACAGACCCUGUUUAUUUAGACAUCUGUUAAAGACAAGAACGGAUGCCAUGAAAGCCCUUUCACAGAAAAACAAUGUUGUUUCUUUGACAAACUCCAAACUUUGUGCACUGAGGGUUAAAGGCAAAUGUAAGGCUGUUUUACAUUUCCGGGAUCAAGUCGCGGAUGUUGUGAAGUCCAUUGCAUGGAAACGACAUCACGUGCCAAUACCCUCAAAGUAUAGGGAAAGUUUUACUGAUAUGUGUUUGGCAUUAGAGAUAAAGACCGAUUGUAAAAUAGACGUUGUCAGCCAAAAAUGUAUUACAAACAUUGAAUCGAUGGAUAGAAAGAUAAUUGUAAUGGCAGGAAGUCUUAAAUACAUUGGAUGUGACGCCAUGGUUGUGUAUGCAAAUACAGAACACAAGCCUAAGGGUAGACAGUCAAAAUUGACGAUGUCAGUGUGUCUCACUCACAACAAGAAGCAAACGACGUGGACGAGCUUGUAG